AUGUCUUCUCCAAAAGGCGCGGGCCACAUGGCCCCAGAUCUAGAGAUUGUCGGGGAUCGGGUCACCGUGCAUCCCACUGGUUUCACCGGAGGCCCUGGGGUUCAUGAUGAUGGCAUCACUGAGCGAAAGCUUGUGCGGAACAUGGCACGCUUUCGAGAAAAUCCCUUUGAGUUUCUUCGUGAAGUCAGCCUGUUCGUUUCCGGGUCAGGAUGGCGCGCAUAUGAAAACAUUAUCGGGCAGCCAGUGUUUUACCCUGGCUUCUCCGAGAGAAUGAAGUUAGAUAUCAUCAGGAACCCGAUAUUGGUUGGGAAGAUUACGGAGCUGGCGGAGUUGCGAACUCGAGUAGAAGAGGAGGAAGGUCUGCUAGAUCCCCGAAAAUCGAACAAUGAUCAUGAUCCUCGUAGAAGGAGGAAAAACGAGAUUGAGGCGAAUUUAAGGGAGGUCGUCGAUACCAUGAUGGAGAAUAUGAUUUGCAAAAUGGAAAGUAAAAACUUCAUCCGGGGAGCAUAUUAUUUAUGUACACAGCUUCUUACGAGAGCAUAUCACCAAGGAAUCCAUGUUUCUAGCGAGGAGGUUCUCCGCUUGAGAUUUGUUGCAGAGGCUGCAGCAAAGAAAAAGCAAUCGAUAGUGUUCUUGCCUUGUCAUAGAUCUCACGUAGACUACGUUUCACUACAAAUCAUCUGCUAUCGCCUUGGAAUUGGACUUCCAGUGGUUGUGGCGGGAGACAAUUUGAAUAUUCCUUUGCUCGGGAGCUUCUUACAGCGUGCAGGCGCAAUGUGGAUUCGUCGAACAUUCGGGGAUGACUCCUUGUACCAUACGCUCGUCCAAGCUUAUGUUGAUACCCUGUUAAAAAACGGGUUUAAUUUUGAAUGCUUUGUGGAGGGAGGUCGUUCGAGAACAGGAAAGCUCCUACCUCCUAAAUUUGGUAUCCUCAGCUUUCUCUUGGAUAGUAUUGCGUCUGGCCGAGUCAACGAUGCAAUUAUCUGCCCGGUCAGCACGCAAUAUGAUAAGGUUAUUGAAACUGAUGAACUUCUCGGUCAACCGAAGCAAAAAGAGAAUCUAGUGGAUUUUCUUAAUUCUUCUUCGGUCCUAUCGCUCAAGCUGGGUAGGGUUGACGUCAGAUUUCACGAACCAUGGAGUCUGAAAGCAUUUGUCGCCGAGCAGUCUGCCAGAAUAUACAAUACCCCCAAUAACGGUGAAAUUCAAUUGAAAAUGGGGAGUGCAGAACGAGGACGCCUCCUCAGAACACUAGGAUACCGUGUCCUAUCAGACAUCAAUAACGUGGCCGUGGUGAUGCCAACAGCGCUGGUUGGCACAGUUCUUCUUACUCUUCGAGGCCGUGGUGUUGGUAAAACAGAACUUGUUCGACGCGUGGAUUGGUUAUGUGAUCGAGUUCGUACUAAGGGAGGGAGAGUGGCACAUUUCUACAGAGCUCCGACGGAACAAGUAGUCGAUCGCGCAAUCGAAGUUUUGGGACCUAACCUAGUUGGUGAAAUUGGCGGCCUUGCGGAACAGACAUUCUAUGCCGUGGAUCGGUUCCAACUCUCAUUUUACAGAAAUAUGACAAUCCAUCUUUUCAUAACUGAAGCGCUGAUGUCCGCUGCUAUGUAUUGUCGCGUAAAGCAAGGGGGCGGACCGAUAAACCAGCGCAGCACCUAUGACGAACUCCUCGCCCAGGUCUCCUUCCUGUCCCAGCUCUUCCGAGGAGAAUUUAUCUUCCCCCUUGAUGGCUUAACUCACAACCUUGAGAAGACUCUAAAUGGGCUGGAACGGGACCAUGUAAUCAAAGUCACCAGAGACGCAGCUGACGUGCCGAUGUUUAUGGAGCUAAGCGAUGCAGAGCGUGAAUGUGGAAGAGAAAACUAUGACUUCUACUGCUUCCUGAUCUGGCCUUUUAUUGAAGCGAGUUGGCUUGGAGCUGUAUCCCUUAUGGGGCUUACCCCGCCCCUGGAUAAUGGUCCCAUGUCUCCCUGGAUUGACAUAAAGAAGGCACACGAGAGUGCCCAACUGCUGGGCAAAACACUCUACCACCAAGGCGACCUCUCAUAUUUCGAAGCCGUCAACAAAGAAACCCUCAAGAAUGCAUAUAAGAGAUUCGAAGAGGAAGGCAUUAUCAUCGUCGCAAAGUCAAAGGGCACCCAAACGACUACCAUGAGAAUCGCGCCCGGCUGGAUGCCUGAACGCGAUGCAACUACAGGGAAGCUCCUGGCCCGCGGAAAACUAUGGGACUUUAUGUCCCGGAUCGCCCAGUCGCGGCGUGAAGGGAAAAACCGUCGAGACGGAGCCACCGUGUCCUCUCGCGUACUCACCAUGACCGACGCAGUGGGUCGAGGGGUAUUUGAAGUGGCAGCAGCGACAGAGUCCGCUGCUUUGUCGAAAGAGCUUGACGUCUCCACGAGACAUCCUAGACGAACGGCGCUUGGGGCAAGCUCGAAGCUGUGA